GGUGAGCCCAGGUGCAAGUGGAACCCGUUUGCCUCAUCGCUCAACUCUCAGUCUUCCCAUUCAUCCGUCCCACGACUCCCGUCCUCUUUCUUGUACGUCUAGGUAGUUUCCGAUCCGUCUGAAAAUAUCCAGAUUCAUCUAAUGGCCAUGGCCGAAAGGGAAUUAUCUUGCGGUCCCCGGUGACCCUUAGGUACUCUGUGUACGCAGUAUAAUAAUAUGCUGGUGGUGCCAGCGGGGGCGGGGUAACAUGUUGGCGGGGCACUUCUGAAGCGGCCUGGAACCCCGAUCCCGUCUUCGUGAGGGUCCUCGGGACCUGACCACUUCCCAUCCAUAUCCCAACCUGCCUGAACCUGAACCUCGCAACAACCCAAACUUGCUCUCCCCGACAAAUCUUUACUUUUCCCACAUCAGACACCAUGGCGACUGCUACACAAAUUCCCGAAGGUGGCACCUACAUCGACACCUUCAAGGGCUCCUUCACCACCGUCCCGAUCGACGCCGAAAAUGCCAACGCCAUCUCCACCACCGAGUUCCUCGAUGCCGCCGAGUCCCUGACCACCAUGUUCGAUCUCCUUGGCUCUGUUGCCUUCUCCCCGGUCAAGAAGGACGUGCUCGGCAACGUCGAGAAACUCAGGAAACGCCAACUUGCUGCCCCCCUGGAGUCUCAGAACAUUCAGGACCUCGUGCGGAACGAGCUCAAGAACAAGACCCACACCGCUACCGAGGGUUUGCUAUGGCUCGUCAGAGCCCUCGAGUUUACUUGCAUCGCCCUCAGCCAGAACCUGGCCAACCAUGCCGAGGAGCUCUCCGACUCCUUCCGCGGCGCCUACGGCGUUACCCUCAAGCCCCACCACAGCAUGUUCGUGAAGCCCGUCUUCAGCGCCGCCAUGAGCGCCUGCCCGUACCGCAAGGACUUCUACGUCAAGCUCGGCUCGGACGAGGGCAAGGUCAAGGAGGAGAUGCGUCUGUACCUGGAGGCGUUGGACAAGGUUGUCGGCAUUCUCAAGGGCUUCCUGGAUACCCCCGAUGCGAAGUGGUAAAAAGGGGGAAACCAGAUUCGAGAAGGACACGCAGAACAUCGGAUCUCGCAUAAAAUAAUGAAACGCCCAGGUGCGCCAUGCGGGCUGCUACCGUCCCAUCGUUUGGACAUGUUUGAGCCAGUCGUCAUAUUGUUAGAUGUCGGAAUGCGGUCCUUUGCCUGUCAACGCUGCUCCCCUUGCCCAUAGACAAAAGCUUAGAGUAGCUGGUCGUUUUCCUUCUUUGGGCAACGACGCUUCACCCGUCUUACUAAGGAGGCUCCCAGUCGUGAUUGAUCAUGUUGCACUCGUUUAUCGCCCACCACCCCGGGGUUCGGUGUCAUGGACAUACUUCGUACAUAGGUACUUGAUACUUGACUCAGGCGCCCACCAAACGCGGGAACAGGGGCCUUCUGCG